AUGGGAUUAACAUCGAAAUUGGAUAAAUUAAAGUUGAAAGGUGCACUGGAAGAUAGUGAAGAUGAGGUGAAGCACUACAGUGCUGAUAACUCUGAUGAUAUUGACGAAGUUGACAGUGAGGGCCAAAACAUUUUGAUGAGCAUUAUUGCUCAAUUGAGGCCAGGAAUGGACUUGUCGAAGAUCACACUUCCAACCUUUAUUUUAGAGAAGAAGUCAAUGUUGGAAAGGAUUACGAACUUUUUCCAAAUCCCUGAGUUAUUAAUUGAAGCCAACAAUACUCAGGAUCCGUUGGAUAGAUUUGUCAAGAUGCUCAAAUGGUACUUGGCUAGUUGGCACAUAGCCCCCAAGGCAGUGAAGAAGCCAUUGAACCCAGUGUUAGGAGAAGUAUUUACAUGCUACUGGGAUAAUUUACCAGAAGGUAAAACUGCCUACUACUUGGCUGAGCAAACUUCACAUCAUCCACCAAAGUCUUCAUACUUUUACAUAUCACCAGAGGAAAAGAUAAGAGUUGAUGGUGUCGUUAUCCCGAAGUCUAGAUUUUUGGGAAAUUCUUCCGCAGCUAUAAUGGAAGGAUGGGGAUAUGUUACACUCGGUAAAUGGGACGAUGAGGUUUAUGUUAUGAACCAACCAAACGUUUAUUGCAGGGGUAUCUUGUUCGGAAAAAUGAGAAUGGAGUUGGGUGAUCAUAUGAUUGUCAAAUGCGAAAAGAACGAUUUCGAAGCUGACAUUGAGUUUAAAACAAAAGGUUUUAUAAGCGGAACAUAUGAUGCAAUUGAAGGUGUUAUCAAGGAUUCUAAAGCUGGCGAAGAGUUGUUUCGUAUUUCCGGAAAAUGGAAUGAAAUAAUGUAUAUAAAAAACAUAAAAUCAGGAAAAAAAGAAGUAUUGUACGAUACCAGCAAAACUAAGAAGAGUAUGCCUAAAGUUAGACCAUUGGAAGAACAAUGGGAUUUUGAAUCUAGAAAGCUUUGGAAACCAACUGUUGACGGCUUGGCUCAGAGAAAUCACGAACUAGCCACCGAAGAGAAACUGAAGGUUGAAAACGACCAGAGAAUCAAAGCAAAGAAACGAUUGGAAGAUGGUGUGGAAUUUCAUCCGAAAUUUUUUCGCGAAGUGUCGGACAAGGACGACCAAAUUAAAGACCUCGAGUACAUCAUUUACAAACAUUUUGAUUUAAACGACAAUCCUGAAAGUUUAAGAGAAAGAUUGUUUACUGUUGCUCCAAUUGUCCCAGGUCAACAGUUCGACGAAAAAUUUCAUUAUCCAGCAUUCAAAAAGCCUGCACAUAAUUGA